CCUACCCUUUCAAAUAGAAACAUAGUUUCCUAGGUUGUCCUUUCCUAAAGUUCCUCAAGGCCUCCCUUCUCAUCAUUUUCUUCUCUUAGCCUGGGAACAAUUUUCUUUCAACAUUAUCACAAUGGGCCACUCAGACCAAUCCCCAACUUCUGACAACGUCACCCUCUUCCAAGCCUUCGAAUGGAACGUUCCAGCCGACAACCAGCACUGGGCACGAGUCACCCGUGCCAUUCCAACGUUAAAGUCCAUCGGCAUUGACAACAUCUGGCUUCCACCAGGCUGCAAAGCGGCAUCACCUGAAGGUAACGGCUAUGAUAUCUACGAUCUCUACGACCUUGGGGAAUUCGACCAGAAGGGCAAGAAAGCCACGAAAUGGGGCACUAAGGAUGAGUUGCUUGAGUUGUGUCGCGUGGCGAAGGAGAAUGAUGUUGGUGUAUAUUGGGAUGCAGUUCUGAACCACAAAGCUGGUGCCGAUCAUACCGAGCGCUGCCGGAUCAAGGAGGUGGAUGAGAACGACCGGACGAUGGAGAUCUCGGAUGUGUAUGAGAUUGAGGGCUGGUUGGGGUUUGAUUUCCCCGGCCGCGGGGAUAAAUAUUCGGCGAUGAAGUGGCAUUGGGAGCACUUCAGCGGCACAGACUGGGACGAAGCCACGGGGAAGAAAGCCAUCUACAAGAUCCUCGGCGACAACAAGGGCUGGUCACAGUCCGUGGACGAAGAGCAAGGAAACGCUGAUUACAUGAUGUUCGCCGACAUCGACUACUCGCACCCAGAAGUCCAAAAUGACGUUAAAAACUGGGGUGUCUGGAUCACCAAAGAGCUUGGUCUGAAAGGCUUCCGCCUCGACGCGGUCCAGCACUUCUCGGAACGCUUCACCAACGACUGGGUUGACAAUCUGCGCGAGCAAUGCGGCGACGACAUAUUCGUAGUCGGGGAAUUCUGGGUCGGCGACACCAAAACAAUGUCCACCUGGCUCGCAGACAUGAACCACAAAUUCUCGCUCUACGACGCCCCACUCCUCUACAACUUUAGCCAAAUCAGUAAGACGGAGAAGGGUGAUAUGCGUAAAGUCUUCGACAACACACUAGUACAAGAACAGCCCAUCAACGCCGUCACCGUCGUCAUGAACCACGAUACCCAGCCCGGACAAACCGUCGCCACGCCCGUUGAAGGGUUCUUCAAGCCGCUUGCCUACGCCCUCAUCUUGCUCCGAGAAACCGGCUACCCCUGCACUUUCUAUGGCGAUUUGUACGGCAUGAAGGGAGAGCAUCCCGAACCUCCGUCUUGUGGUGGGAAACUCGCAGACCUCACAUUGGCCCGGAAGCUAUAUGCGUAUGGUGAGCAGAACGAUUACUGGGAUGAUCCGAAUUGCAUCGGAUUUGUAAGACGCGGAACUACACAUAAACCAUAUGGACUCGCGUGCUUGAUGAGCAAUGCAGAGGUGGGAGAGAUUCGGAUGGCGGUUGGGAAAUUGCAUAAGGGUGAGGUGUGGACGGAUUUGCUAGGGUGGGAAGAUGGUGGGGUUGUGAUUGAUGAUGAGGGGUUUGGGUUGUUCAAGUGUCCAGGAGUUAGUCUGAGUGUUUGGGUGAAUAAGGGUGCGGAGGGGAGGGAGAGAUUUCCAACGAAUUUCGACUCGAAUAUUUACGGAGAGUAAAUCACCAAAGGGUGCUGGGGCUUUCUCAAAUAGCCGACAUUAGAAGAUGAUGACUGGAGUAAUGGGAAUGGGAAUAUAUAGAUGGGACAUCAGGAUAGAGAGCGCGGGAUAAUUGGUAGGUUCGGC